AUGCAGGCUAACUUGCAGACAAUGUCUAAGAAGUUGCAGAAGAAGAGGAAGAAGAAGAAGAAGAAGAAGAAGAAGAAGAAGAAGAAGAAGAAGAAGAAGGAGAAGAAGAAGAAGAAGAAGAAGAAGAAGAAGAAGAAGAAGAAGAAGAAGAAGAAGAAGAAGAAGAAGAAGAAGAAGAAGAGAAGAAGAAGAAGAAGAAAAGAAGAAGAAGAAAGAAGAACAGCUCCCUCCGAAGAUAAGAAGAAGAAGACAUAA